UUCUUCGCCCAUAAAUAGCCUCAUUUCAUCCAUGAUAUCCAGUCCUGUCAAACAUGACGUCCCUCGGUCAAUGUCUGCUCUUUUUGUCUCUUUGUUUAAUCUCUGUCAAUGGAUAUUAUCCUUCCGUGUAUUACAUGGACGAGAAAUGCUCGAGAACUGUCUCCUUCUCAAAGGACAUGCGGCUCAAGCUGACCUUGUUUUCAAACACACAUCUCAAUUAUAACUGGCAGUGCAGCACGACUAUUCGGACCACGACACCGGGAGACAGACUGUUAGUGAACAUCAGGUCGAUGAACACCAGGUCAUCCAUUGGCUGCACUCGGAACAGCCUGAAGAUUAUGGACGGCAGUACAGUUAUUAAUGGAGUAAACGGAGACUGUGGAUAUGCGCCACUUACGACCUAUACGUCAACCACAAACUCACUCACGUUUAAGUUCACCACGGAUGGCAGUUUCCAAACUGGUCAGUUCGACAUCCUUGUGACGUCAUUCAAGAACGCACUACUGGGUGUAUGCACAGCUAAUCGCUUCAUGUGUGACAACGACCGUUGUAUCAGCAACACCCUCACAUGUAACGGCUACAACGACUGCGGAGACGACACGGACGAAGACUACAACUGCAGUACGUUCACCACGGGUUCCAUCGCAGGGAUCGCUGUAGGAGCGAUAGUGUUUAUCAUUAUCCUUGUGUCCCUGUCCAUCGGUGCCAGAAUCUACAGAAGACGACGCUGCCUUGCCGCGACUCACUGUCACGCCAGCCCACCAUCAUGUGCUCCAGCAAGCUACCCUUCUAAGAUGGCGUACGGAUAUUGAUUGUGCAUUGUGUCUGACACAAGUGUUUAUCUCGAUGUUCUUGUAUUCUUGACCAUGGACUAAGGUUUCAACCAUAGCUAGGUUCUGAAACGAAACUUUGAGAAUCUUCAUCUGCAAAGACCAAAGCAUGGGUUUGUGGACUUGCAUAUCCUUAUAAUAAAGUUGUUUGUUAUAUA